UCCUCUGCCACUACUACUAGCCCAAUGGAAGAAGUUACAAAUAGAGUGAAACCUGAUGAUGGUCAUUUAAAGUCCUUUUUGCAGACACCUUUACACCCCAUAACUUUAAAGUUUGAAGAGGUUGUAUAUACAGUAAAACUAAAGGGUGCUAGAGAAAAGACUAUACUAAAUGGCGUAACAGGUAUGGUUUGUCCAGGUGAACUACUAGCCAUGUUGGGUCCAUCAGGGAGUGGUAAGACCACCCUACUAACAGCUCUUGGAGGACGCCUAGCUGGGAAACUAUCUGGAAAGAUAACAUAUAACAACAAACCAUUUUGUGGCUCCAUUAAACGAAGAACCGGAUUUGUGACUCAAGAUGAUGUUCUUUACCCUCAUCUUACUGUAACUGAAACCCUCUUGUUCACUGCUAUGUUAAGGCUGCCAACAACUUUAUCCCAACAAGAUAAAGUCAACCAUGUUGACCGAGUUGUGGCUGAGUUGGGUUUGACAAAAUGUCAAAAUACCAUGAUAGGUGGUCCACUAGUUAGAGGUAUAUCAGGUGGGGAAAAAAAGAGGGUGAGUAUAGGUCAAGAAAUGUUAAUUAACCCAAGUUUGUUGUUACUGGAUGAGCCCACAUCAGGUCUUGACUCAACCACAGCUCAGCGGAUCCUGAGCACGAUCAAACGCUUGGCUAAUGGUGGCAGAACCGUGGUCACCACAAUUCACCAACCGUCUAGCCGGAUAUAUCACAUGUUUGAUAAAGUGGUCCUGCUCUCUGAAGGCUCACAAAUCUACUAUGGUCCUGCUUCAACUGCCUUGGAGUAUUUUUAUUCAAUCGGGUUUUCAACACUUGUCACGGUCAACCCAGCUGACAUUUUACUAGAUCUUGCUAAUGGUAUAUCACCUGAUUCGGCACAAGACGAUGAGCAAGGUGAAGAUCUAGAGGGGCCAAAAGCAGUAAGGCAGAAACUGGUCAGUUGUUACGACACCCACAUCCUAACAAGACUGAAAACUGAUUUAUGUGAUCUCAAUCAUGCAAAAGAAGGUUUAACAAGAAGUCGUGCCCAAUCAGAGCAAUGGUGCACAAGCUGGUGGCAUCAGUUCAAAGUGCUUAUUCAAAGGGGAAUUAAAGAGAGAAGAUUUGAAGCUUUCAAUAAGCUUAGAAUCUUCCAAGUUAUAAGUGUAGCUAUAUUGGCCGGACUCCUAUGGUGGCACACUCCAACGUCCCAUCUUGGCGAUCGUAUAGCAAUGCUUUUCUUCUUCUCGGUAUUUUGGGGAUUUUACCCACUCUACAAUGCAGUUUUUACAUUCCCUCAAGAAAGAAGAAUGCUUAUAAAAGAACGGUCGUCAGGGAUGUACCGUCUCUCCUCUUACUUCUUAGCAAGAACCAUAGGAGACCUCCCACUCGAGCUUGCACUCCCAACGGCUUUCACCUUUAUCUUAUACUGGAUGGGCGGGCUCAAACCCGACCCAGCCACUUUCAUCCUAUCCUGGCUUGUUGUACUUUUCACAGUUCUUGUGGCCCAGAGUCUCGGACUGGCAAUAGGUGCUAUACUUAUGGAUGUAAAACAAGCCACUACUUUAGCCUCAGUUACAACCCUGGUUUUCCUAAUUGCUGGAGGUUAUUAUAUACAACAAAUCCCACCAUUUAUACUAUGGUUGAAGUAUCUGAGUUACAGUUACUAUUGUUACAAGCUUCUUCUUGGGAUUCAAUAUGACGAGAAAGACCUUUACGAGUGUUCAAACGGGAUUUACUGCAAAGUUGCAGAUUUUCAAGCAGUUAAAUCGGUUGGUCUAGAUAAUCUACCAAUGGAUUUGUCGGUUAUGGCAUUGAUGUUGAUUGGGUACCGGUUUGUUGCUUAUCUUGCGUUACACAGGGUCCGGUGAAGAGAUAUAAUACUAGUAGAUUUAGAUAACAUGUUGCCAGAAUUUUCAUCACUUUUUACAGGGAAGUAGGUGUGGUGCCCGCCCUUGUAGCAACUGUUUGCAUAAAACUAACUUGGAAGUUACACAAAAUGAUAAAGAAAGAUCCUCAAUGGAUUAAUUAUAAAUAUGAUGUUCGGAUUGAGUACAA